AUGGUAGAAGUACUGACCGUGAUUUCUUCAAGCAUGGUCCGACCCAAAAACAUAGUCCAAUCGGGUCGGACAAAGAUCCAUCUAACUCCGCAUGAUCUUGACCUUCUUUAUCUUGUUUAUCCUCAAAGAGGUCUUCUCUUCCUUACACCCGACCCGGAAACCCGUAUCAUCCCUCGAUUAAAGGCCUCUCUUUCGACUGCUUUAGAGAUUCAUUUCCCGUUCGCUGGUCGUCUUGUCAAAGUGGACAAUCACGGAGACAAUACGGUGUCGUUUCACAUCGACUGCGACGGCUCGGGCGCCAAAUUCAUUCACGCCAAAGCCGAAUCUGUCUCCGUUAACGAUCUCCUUCAGUGUAAUGGCUCUGUUCCUGAUUUCAUAACGCAUUUUUUCCCUGCGAAUAAUGUCGAAAGCCGUGACGCCCUAAUCUCGGAGCCAUUGCUUGCGUUGCAAGUUACCGAGAUGAAAGACGGAGUUUUCAUCAGUUUCGGUUAUAAUCACAUGGUGGCUGAUGGUUCUUCGCUUUGGAGUUUCUUCCACACUUGGUCCAAGAUUUGUCUGAACGGUUCACGUUCUAAUUCUGAUAAGCUUGUUGUUCUUAAAGAUUGGUUCCUCGAUGGAAUCGAUUAUCCGGUACAUGUUCCGGUUUCAGAAAUGGAGACACCACCACCAAGUCGUAAAGUUUCAACUAAAGAGAGAGUUUUUCACUUCUCAAAGAAUCAAAUUUCAUAUCUCAAAUCGAAAGCCAAUGACGAGAUUGGCUCCAGUGAUCUGAAAAUCUCGUGUCUUCAAGCGGUUGUAGCUUACCUAUGGCUCUCAAUUAUGAGACACAGUGGUCUAAACCGAGAAGAAGAGACUCAGUGCAAAGUAGCGGCGGAUAUGAAACUAAGGCUAGACCCUCCUCUUGAGAAAGAAUGUUUUGGGAAUGUGACACAACUCGCGGUAGCUACGUCAACCGUGGGGGAGCUGUUGGAUCACGGGCUAGGUUGGACUGCUUUGCAAAUAAGUAAAACUGUGAAGUCACAAACGAAUGAAAGUUAUAAAACUUUUGCUCAGAAUUGGGUUAAGAAUGUCAAGAUCCCAAAAAUAGGGGUUGGAAGUAGACUGGCUGAUAAUUCUUUGAUCGUUGCAAGCUCUCCGUUGUUUGAAGUGUACGAUCAUGAUUUCGGUUGGGGAAAACCGAUCGCGGCUCGAGCUGGACCGGGUAAUGGGACUGGUGGUUUGCUUGUAAUGUUUCGUGGGGUUGAAGAAGGAAGUAUUGAUGUUCAUGUGGCCUUGAAUUCAUCUUUAUGGUCUGAUGUACUAAUGAACCUAUAG